AUGGUCACUGUCCCUACAGAAUAUCUAUCCCAUGAAGCCAUCAAAAAGAAAUCCUAUACCAACCUUAUAGAGGCUCGUCAGAAAGCUGAAGCGGCAGGCCAAGAAGCAGACUUACAAGAAUCACUUCGAAAUUUUGUCCGCCAACAAUGCAAUGGCCGCACCCCCUAUUCAUGGCAAGUGGACGCCGCUGAGGCCUUUACUUUGGGACUCGACUGCACCAUUAUUGCUGGCACAGGAUCUGGGAAGACUUUGGCUUAUGUUAUGCCAUCCUUCAUACAGAAGGAUGGCAUGACAGUCAUUAUAUCGCCGUUGAACACUAUAGAAGAGGAACAAGCUGAUCAGUUUCGUGCAUGGGGCAUACAGUCAGUUGCAGUAAAUGGAGACACAUAUAAUCAAGACUUACACAAGUUGACAAAGCCCACUGUAUCUCACAGUGGGGAGGUGACUUUUUGGCCAGUGUAUGCCAAAUUGGAUAGGCUCCGUUCAUUUGUGCCUCUAGGCACACCUAUAUAUGCAAUGUCAGCUACAAUGUCCCCUGCCGUCUUGGCCGAGGUUCGAAAAACACUGCACAUUAGCGCAUCAAAAUCCUUUCAUUUGAACUUGGGAAACGACCAACCUAAUGUAACGCAGGAGCUUCGCAUCAUUGCUGGCUCCACAGACUAUUCGGCUCUUGAUUUCAUUGUCAAAGAUGCACAGGCUGCCAAUGAAAUACCACGGGCACUCAUCUUUGUUAACACUGGACUCGACAUACCAGAUGUCGAGUUGGUGAUCCAAUUUGGAGUCCCAUCAUCACUGUCAGUAUGGCUCCAAAGAGCAGGCCGAGCUGUCCACAACUUCAGUCUUCAAGGACGUGCUAUAAUGAUGGUUGAAGCGUCAGUGCUUCAAUGCGUUAGUAAAAAAAAGAAAGGCAGAACUGAAGAAGAGAACUUAGAGUCAGAAGAUGCGCUUGAAGACUCAGACCAUGAGAUUGGAAUAGAGAAAGAUCCACUAACUGUGACGGGCCUUGUGCCCUCCAACAUUAUUUUACCUCUACUCAGUCCUGCUCACACAUCCUCCAAAACUAGCGACGAGGAGCAGGAAGACACACCUACCCAUGAACAGAAUGCAAUGGGCAAGCGUGUGAUGAAAACCGCUGAUCAGAAUUCCCCAGUCACUCGACGCACAGGCCAACAUCUCCAAACCAUCAAGGAUGCUCUGGACCAUUGGCGUGUGACGAUCCGCCAGCGUGACUAUCCCCACUGCUCAUUUACUGGCCUCGCCCUUCUCCCCGAUCUCACUCUAAAAUCAAUAGCCUCUAAUCGUUCGUGGAAAACGAUCAAUGAUCUUCGCGGAUCUCUCGGGGCCUCAUGGCCAUUAGUUGAUGUAUAUGGUGGUGAGGUUCUGGACUUGGUGAGGCAGUUGGACGACAAAGUGCGAGAGUCUCGUGAAGGGGCCAAAGUCGAGAAACACCAAGCAAAGAAGCUUGCAAGGGAGGCCAUGAAGGAGGAGAAGAAGGCUAUAGGAAGGGAGCUGAAAGUGCAGAAACGAAGCUCACACCAAGUCCGCAAUUCCAGCGCAAGUGGUAAAGAAAAUAUACCACUGCCUGGUACCUCAGAGUUCCAAGUAAAUAUCAACACACCCUCAGUCCCACUAGAUGCAACUCAAACUUUGUAUGCCACCUGGACCUUAACACCUUCAUCCUCCACUGCUGUGCCAUCGUUUUCGCCUUUCACUCCCUCAUUUUUUGCCAGUUCUUUUCAGCCCAAUACGGAGACCUACAAGGGCUAG